AUGGUCCUCAGUACACCUCAUUUCGAUGCACGCCAUGCCCACUGUGGGCGGGACUACGCCAAGCUGAUGUGUGCUUUAUACUUCACGGGACAUGGCCCACCCAACCCAGGUGCUUUCCUCUCAUUAUUUCAGCUUGAUGAGCUUUGUAGCGAGUUGGAUCAAACGUGUUUCAUAAUCGCUGAUAAGGUUGAAGAGUACAACGGCAAAUUAAUGGCAUUUCGAUCACUGCGACGCAAAGGGCCACAAGGAGUUCUCACGCUUUCGGAUGCCAGAAUUCUGCCUCCUUCACCGUUGACAUGGGAAAACUUCAACACAAAGACUUGGAAGAUUGAUAAACGUACAGUACGCUUAGAGUACGCGCGUCUGAUGGUGGUUGGAGCUUUCUUUAGUGGUGCAUUGGAGUUCAACACAACAAGGAAGCAAGAUAUUCUUUUAAUCGGACUGGGCGGUGGGAUCAUAAACAACUACUUCACGACAUUGCCAAAUCACACGAUAGCAGUCACAGUUGUCGAUAUCGAUCCAGUGAUGAAGCGAAUCGCAGAAAAGUGGUACGACUUUCAUGAAUCAGCAAAUCACCAAAUAGUGAUAGAAGACGGCGUGAGAUUUGUACGUGAUGCUGCUAAAAAGGGAGUCAAGUACGAUGCAAUACUACUCGAUGUUUGCUACAAUGUACCCCGUUCCAUGAUGUGUCCAAUCGACGAAUUUCUAAGUGACGAUAUGCUGUUCUGCUCAGCCAAGGAGAAGAAUUCGUGGCUGGACAAUAGGGAUGAAUUAUACAACCGUUACAUUGCUGUGGACGCUGCUCUAGGAUUUCAGCUCACUCUCAGGAAAAAGUUUAUUCCCAAUGAUUUGCUUUGA